AUUCCCCUCGGACACAACAACAAAAAACAUCCCAGAUGGCUCGUUGUAUUCUCGCCCUCGCCGCCUUGAUGCUCUUCUCCUUUCGCACCUCAUCCUCAGCCUGUAACGUCCAAGACAGAAGAGCCCUCCUCGCCUUCAGAGACUCCUUCCCCCCAAACUCACUCCCGUCUUGGACCUCAGCCUCCGAUUGCUGCUUCUGGCAAGGCGUCCGAUGCAGCAAGCGCACUGGCCGCGUCAGGCUCCUCUCCAUCUUCAAGAACAAGAACCUCACCGGCGCGAUCCCCCCAUCCAUCGGCAGCCUUCCUUAUCUCGAAAGCAUCGCCCUCCGUCGCCUUCCUAACCUCGUCGGCCCCAUCCCUCCCCAAAUCUCCAACCUCAGGAAACUUCAAUUCCUUACCAUUUAUGAAACCAAAGUCUCCGGCCCAAUCCCCAACAUCUUCUCCAAAAUGCCUCAGCUCAAAGAGAUCAAUCUUUUAAACAACAACAUCACGGGCUCGAUCCCUGCCUCUAUCGGUGACAUCCCCAACCUCUUUACGCUCGAUUUGUCGGGCAACAGACUAACAGGGACCAUCCCGGCAUCUCUCUUCUCCAGGGCUGUGAGCUCGAUUACCCCGGACCUCGAUUUGUCGAACAACAUGCUGACUGGAGACUUACCGUUGUCAUUUAAUAAAGUCAGAUUCACUAACUUCGACUUGUCGAAUAACAACCUCACUGGGAGCUCGGCUUGGGUCCUCUUCGGCAACUCAAAGCCAGUUACUCAGAUAGGCUUGAACAGCAAUGAGAUGGUGUUUAACAUGUCGAAGAUAGAGGAUUUUCCUGUGAACUUGACGUAUUUGGAUAUUAGUCACAAUAAGAUUUUUGGGGCCAUAUCAGAUAAAAUUACUCACUUGACUAAUCUUGUUUACUUGGAUGUGAGCAACAACCAUUUGUGUGGAAAGAUUCCAAGCGGAGGUAAGUUCAGAGAUUUCGGUCCUCAGGCGUACCAGAAUAACACUUGCCUUUGCGGAACACCGCUGCCUCCAUGCAAAUGAAGAGAUGUCAGCACCAAAAGGCUGUAUGCAUUACUUUCCUAUUAUGGAAUUUAUAUUCCAAAUAUUUUAAGAUGCUGCGUCAUUAUAUAUGAGCAGAUUUAGUAGAUGAAUCAUGAGUUCGAAUGAUCGAAUUCAGAAGGCAGUUGCAAUAUUCAGUUUAUCUCUAUUCUGUUCCAUGUGGUAUGGUAGCUGUAAUUCCUCAAGUUUUUAUAUGAAAAUAGAUUUUAGUAAA